UUUAACGAUCUCCUCUGUUUACUCAACUAUUAUUUCGUAAUUUAAAAGCCGUAUUUUAUCAAUGAUUUAAGAUAAGACGAGCAUAGACCCAUCCGCCAAAUGACUUCACAGAUCUACAACCAGAAGAAGUUCGUGCCCACGCCGCCCGAGAAGGGUUCCUUCCCCUUGGAUCACGAAGGUCUCUGCAAGAAGCAGUUCCUGCUCUACGCCAGUUGUUUGCGAAGGAACGCCCAGGAUACGAGCCAGUGCCGCGAGGACGCCCAGAACUACCUCGCCUGUCGCAUGGACAACAAUCUUAUGGAAAAAACCGAGUGGUCAAAGUUGGGUUUUCACAGCGACAGCAAGCCGGUAACGGAAGAGAAACAAGACAGUAGUAAUAGUUCACACAAAUAA